AUGCUCUUCACCAACUUCACAGCGAGUCUCAUCCUUUUCGUGGCUUUGACCGCCGCAUCUCCGGCUCCCAGAUCUGCCCUAAGUGUCCGAGGCGAGGCGAACUGUAACUGCGCCGCGGACACACCAGUGCCUCCUAUUAGAGCAAAUUGUGAUGCUGCCGCCACGCUGAUUAUCCCGUCGCGCACAUAUCUCGUAAGCGGCACAGAGGGUGCCGGAAGCUUCUCAGGCGUGUGCGCGCUCGGCUGUGCGAUACACGUGCGUGGAGAGGGCUGUAAGGCUCAAGGCUCGGUAUUGACUAGUUCUUACAAUGCAAUCCGUGCCUUCGGCUGCAAUGGUUGUGGUGUAGACUCCUUUGGUAAUGGAUGCGAAAUUCGUGUUGAGUCCUGCUGA